UUGGAUACCAUGUUUUUUCACUCAUACCAGUACUGUAGCCGUAUAAGAACAUUAGUAACAAACAGGGUUGCUGUAUGUCUUUUACAGAGGCAUUUAACUGAGCCUAAUCUUGGUGUGCUUGUGCCACUCCUGAUGCCUUGUGAAAGAGGGCAUUAGCCCAUGAGACUGGUUUUGAGAGGACACAGGACACAUUGCCAUGUGUAUGUCUAAAUUAGGGGUCUUCACAGGUCCACCAAUACAGGAAUACCCGAGACCCGAUCUGGGACAUGAGCGGGUCCGGAUCCAAUAUUCUAAAUAAUUUCACGAGUCUGGGCCAGAUCAUAUAUGAUUAUCAUGGGUCUGAGUUGUUUCUUUAACUGACUUGUCUGGAAGAGCUCGUACAGAUCCGAACAUGGCUGCUGCAGUAGAGAGAGCGACAUUUUAUUUUUGAUGCUGCUGCUCUUGCUUUUCAUGAAAAUGGAGCGUGGCGCGUGUAGCUUGUUGUUGGCCAAUCAUAAGUCAUCAAAGCGGCAAUAGGCUACAGUCAUAGAGCCUCGCUGCGUGUGUGGCAAAAGUUAGGAGAUAUCUAAUCAAUGGAAGAUGGAAUUAAAAGUUAAAGGAGAAGGAAAGGCUACAACGACCAAGACACAACAGAGAACCAUGAGCACUGUGGAGGAGGACUCGGACCACAUGAUACCAUGAAGAGAAGCCUGCAGGUCCUGCGCCGCCAGCUGCUGAGUGUUCUAGCGAUCCUAUCUGUGCCAGUGGGAGUGGUGUCCUCUACCCAGGAGCUGUACCCCAGCCGGACCCCCAAGGACCCUGUCUCCAUGUCAGCGCCCCACAGCAGCCCCCCUAACCCGCUCCUGCCUCUCCCAGACUGGCAGCAGGAGGACUCCAGCAGCGGGGACCCUUGGUCCCCCCAGGGAGGGGCGCUGCCCACAGGCAUCAUCAAGCCCACCACAGCCCCCAGGUCCUGGGGCUGGCAUCUAACCCACCACACCAGCCUGGCACACACUGUGACACCACCCAGUAAAGACAGCCUCAUUCUUGCUGCAGCUACUUUCAGUCCUAACACUGUGAACUCUGUGAGAGUAAACCAAGACCCUGGCCCUAGCUCUGUCAGUCCCAGUCCAGUCAAACAGGCCCAUUCCCCCAGCUCUGGUGCUCUCAACCCAGGCCACAGCUCCAAUUCUCUCAGUGCAGACCAGGGCCUCUUGCCCAACUCAGUCAAUCAAGCCCAUAGCCCAGAUACUGUUAAUGUUAACCAGGGCAACAGCCCUCUUAGCCCUCCCAGCUCUGCUGGCCCACAGAGUGAGGUAGCUGCAGUGGAGGGGUCUCCAGACUCUGGGUCUGUCCUGGCUCCUUCUUUGCCCAGCCCGCUCACAGAUAGAGAGCAUACUCUGGGCCUGGAGCUUGGUGGUCCACCGGCCCCCACACACACCCAGGAGCCUAUGGGGGGGAAUGUCAAGGAGCCCACAGACACCAGUCAGCAGGACUUCACCACUGAGCUGCAGCCUUCCUCUCACUCCUCCUCUUCCUCAAAGGAUGCUGCUCUAGAUCAGACCCUUUGGGAGCAUGUUGAAGCCACUCCCGAGCUUUCCCGACCCCACGCCAUCACCCUACGGGAGGUGCACCCCCUGGUCAAUGAGGACCCCACCCUGGAGCUCAAAACAGAUGGCAAUGUCACUUUUCAUAGCGGCAGUGUGGAGGGCAUCCCUGGCAAGGACCCUUCCUCCCAGUGGAACAGCUCAUCUGCUACGGAGCCCCCCUCCAUGGCCAGUGGGAACUUUCUGAACCGACUGGUUCCCGCCACCACUGCAGACCCCUGGGGUCCUGGUAAUGGCUCCAGCCCAGCUCUGGACUCACCGCUGUCCAGCGCCACCAUCUGCCUGAGCAAGAUGGACAUUGUGUGGAUAGUGUUGGCCAUCAGUGUGCCUGUGUCCUCAUGCUCUGUCCUGCUGACUGUGUGCUGUAUGAGGAGGAAGAAGAAGUCUUCAAAUCAGGAGAACAACCUGAGCUACUGGAACAAUGCCAUCACCAUGGACUACUUCAACAGGCACGCGGUGGAGCUGCCCCGGGAAAUCACAUCCCUUGACAAUGCUGAGGAGUGGAUGCCGAGGAGACGUGUCUACCCCCUAACGGGGACUACAGAAACAGCGGGGUGGUGCUGGUUAACCCUUUCUGCCAGGAGACCUUGUUCAUCAACAGAGAGAAGUCCUGCGACAUCUAGAGAGGAGGGACGCUGGUCUUGUGGCCAUGUCCUGAAACCACCAAUACAAGACUGUCAAAAAUAAAAGUCUGACUUUCAAAAUUAAAGUCCCCCGCCACUGCUUUCUCCCUAUUCUCCCACCACUGUCAUGUUUAUACAUGUGGUAAAUCUUCAGAGACUUUAUACUGUACAUUAUGAAUAUAUAGACCAAGAUUAAAAGAAGAGCUAAUAACAGACACUAUUUACUAUGAGGGUGCGCCCGCAUAUUUUUCUGAUGUGCAUUUUCUACAAAUGCUUAUUUGUGAUAAGCGUUUUUAUGUCUUUAUAAACCACUGAGUAUGUGUGAUUUCCAUUUUGUUACAGUGGCUUGAUGGUGAGAACAUUGUGGAUGUGGUCACUUGAAUUCUGCUUUAGAGAGAAGAUAUUCUGUAAGAACGUUAUGUUUCAUUUUCUUUUUAAUCAAACCCCAAAUAAUUACUGAAAAUCCUGUUGAACUUGAAUUCUGUACCUACGAGAUUUAGGGCAAUGUUUGUGAGACCAGGUUUUAGUAGAGGCAAUGGAGGUAUUAUAAUUUGAACUGCCUCUGUAGCAUGGGGACUGUCUGUGUGUCUCUCUCUUUGCCUAUCUCUCUCGCUCUCUGCCUCUCUCUUUCUCUCUGCCUCUUUGCCUCUCUCUCUCUCUAUUUGUUUUAUGGAGUAGAUUUUGGUUUUGGCAGAUUUAGUAAAGGUUAGACGUUAAACAAACCUCAUUGUUUGUUUAACGUCUAACCUUUACUAAAUAUUUUGAGACCAAACUUAUUGUAACCUCCCUCCAUAAGUACAGUACUUGUCCAGGAGCUUAAACUAUGUUUAUUAUUGUAAUGUAUAGAUUGAAUGAUAUUUUAUUUCAUUUCUGGUUGUAGAAAUGAAAAAGUUCAUAGAAAUCAUGACCAAUGAAAAUACUGAGAUAUUUUAUCCUGAAUAUUUACUGUGAGCACAUAGUGGCAGUUUAAUCAAACAUAUGUAUUUUGUUUCAUUAUCAAAUCAAUUUCAGUUUGUCAUGCUUUACUUUUGCUUUGUCACAUAUUUAUAUUUACUAAAUACUGCGUCCGUUUGUCACAUUGUGAAACGCUGAUCUGUUAAAUCAUACUUCCCUGUGUUUGAAGAUUUUGUUGAAUAUGUUGUCAAUCUACUGGAUAUAUGUCGCUGCAAUGGGCAUGUGGUGCCAUACCAGAGAAAGGGUAUUUUGCUACAUGUAGAAUGGAGAGGAGGGGCAGUAUCUUUGGUCCACCGUCAUGUCUUUUUUUGUGUCGUAGCAUACGCUGUACUUUUUACAGCUGAGCAAUAAAAGAGAAAAGCUUUUAACAUUC